GUUUGUAGCGCGGCUCGAUACCGGAAGAAACGCUCCUCUCGCCAUGCGAAAGCACUUUGUUUGACAGUCAUGUUAUUGUUUACAGUUGGACAGUGACGCAGCACUAGCAGUCAGCACCUUUGGCCUGUUAUUAGAUUAUUAGAUUUAUAUUGGCUCCAGUAUUAUUACUCCUCAUGUGAAAUAGUGUGUAUCGUAUGUUUGUGUCCAUAACAGUGCCACGACAAACUUUUUAUUUAAGUGUUGUUUAGUAGGUAAGCUAGCCAGCCCUCGGUGGAUAUUGGACUCUGUUAGCUGCACUUGUCGGGUUGAAACAGUCCCUUUGUGCCAUCAUGGACCAAACUGACUCCUACCCGGUGAAACUGUACAUUUACGACAUGUCCAGAGGCAUGGCCCGACAGCUGAGUCCUCUCAUGCUAGGGAGACAGCUUGACGGGGUAUGGCACACUGCGAUUGUGGUCCAUGGAAAAGAGUUCUUCUUUGUGGGAGAAGGCGUCAACAAUUGUCCACCUAGUGGCACCCCCUUGGGUGAGCCUGACUCCAUCGUGGACCUGGGCUCCACUGAGGUGCCUGCAGAUUUAUUUAUGGAGUACCUGAUUUCACUGGCAGAGUCGACAUACAGCGGUGACAAGUACAACUUGUUUGAGCACAACUGCAACACUUUCAGCAACGAGGUGGCUCAGUUCCUCACAGGGAAAAAGAUCCCAUCGUACAUUACAGACCUUCCAUCUGAAGUUCUAUCCACGCCUUUUGGCCAGGCUCUCCGCCCGUUACUGGAUUCCAUCGUCAUAAAUCCUGGAGGCAACAACAUAACUGGAAAGCGAUAGAGAGCGCUGUGCACAUCAAAGAAAAAAUACUUUCAUAUAAGGAUUUGGGUGAAAAAGGGACACUCGCCAUCAGCCAAUAGCUACACCCUGAUCACCUCUUUGCCGGUCGUUGACAAGUCGGGCUAUGCUCUAAGUCUCUUUUCCAAUUAACGAGUCAUCAUUUGGACUAACUUCUCUGUUCAGUCUCUGUCUGUUCUACACAUCAGAGUUUUAAAGGUGUGCCAGCCACUUGAGCCAGGGGGCAGAAUAUAUUGAAAUAUUUCCUUUCUUGAUAAGAAAUGUUUCGCAGUUACAAGUUUGUGUGGGUUCACAAAGUGAGAGUACUUAAAUCAUAAUCCUCUUAUUAUUAGGGUUAGCUUGAGUGUUUUGAAGUGUGGUUGUAUGAUGUACAUACAUUUUCAAGUGUGUUACAAUCGGAUGACCAGUACAGAACUUGAUUGAUGUGUAAAGAAUCAGAUAUUAGAAGAUGACAAUAAUAAUAAUAAUAAGAAUGAGUAAUUUAAGCUGCUUAGAGCUAUACAGUUUAUAAAAGUAUUUUUUUUCUUCAUAUUUGCUCAAACUGUCAUAUCCUGACAGUGCAUGAGACCGAUAAUCUGGGAACAAAUCUGGUUUCCCUGCCUCCUUUUAAACCAACCAAUCGGAGCCAAGGAGGCCUGAACUUGGCUCCGUCACGGCAAUUUCCAUCACUGCUCGCAAAGCUUGUGAACUCUGAUCAAACUGUAAAACUAGGAAAGCUGAUCAAAUAUGGAUAACGAUUUUGGGUCUGUAUUGCCUAUUUCUGGCAUCAAAUGUUUUAUUUCCCACAGUUUAGCCGUCUCAUGUAUCACUGUCGGCAUAUAGAGACAAUUUUAGCAAACAUGACAAAAAGUUACCAAACUUGACCAACUGUAGCUUUAAAAAGAUAACACAACUAUAUAACCAUCUCCUACCUUUCUAGCACUAUAGCAGUAAAGCCUGACUAAUCCUACCACUGGUUUGUCUUAUCACCAAACAACAGUUUGUCAUUCCUCUGGUGACAGAACUGCUUGUUUUUUUUACGCUCUGACAAAAGUGACGUUUGCCACCGCAAAAUCUCACCUCGCAAGUUUGGUAUAUACAGAUGUUUAGCCCGCUACAACAGUUGCCAUGGCAACAGUACACAUAAAAGUGUCCGCUGCUCUUAGCAUCCUGCUACAUUGUCCGUUCUACACCCAUUUCUAUGGGUGCACCACAUUUUCCCUGCAAGCCCUUUAGAGCUGAGUAUUUCAGAAAGAAGGUGAAUACAUGUAUGUUCAAAUGGACAGUAUGAGAAAAAUAACGUGUUUUCUUUUUUUAGACUAUAAACAUGUUUGAGGGGUAACCCAAAAACUAAUAUGAAUCUGAAAAUGAAGAAUGAGAAUGAUAUGUCCCCUUUCAGGCAAUUGUCUUAAUUUAGUCUCUUUAUUAACUGAUUAUUUCUCUUCUUUCUGGAUCUGUAUCAAAAUGCACAUAAUAUUACCUGUACUCCUAAUAAUUCCUCUUUUAACAUGUUAUUUUCUGUUUUGAUUUUUUUGCCAAUGGUCAUUAAUAUGUCAGGACUGUACUCCAGGAGCACGGCCAGAGUAAGUGAUAAUUAAAAGGAAGGAAACCACUCUCAGUAAAAUAGUUCCCUAUCUUUGUAUUCAGUGUUGGAGAAAAUAUAGUUUGACCAAAUGAUGAUAAUGAGUUUUCUUAUAUAACUUUUGAUAUGCUUGUUUCAGUCAGGAACAUCUAAUGGUCACAGAGCAUAGGUUUGUGUUUUGUUGUUAAUACAGAACCAAUCACUUGUACAUCAUUCAGUUGCUUCACUUGCCCAUAAUUUGUUCAGUUUCUAAAUCCAGCAAAAAUAAAUUGUGCCUGAUAGCACUGAAUAUUGAA